ACGAUACUAGAAAAAAAAAAUCCAAGGUAGCGAACUAGAGAAAUUAAGCACGAUGAAAGUUGUCGGUAUGCUAAUGGUUUCUGCUCUCUUGGCUCUGGCUUCCUCAUUCGCCACUGCCUAUGAUCCCAGCCCCCUCCAAGACUUCUGUGUAGGAAUAAAUGAUGCUGAUUCUGCUGUGGUUGUUAAUGGAAAACUGUGCAAGAAUCCAAGCUUUGCCACCCCGGAUGAUUUCUCGUAUUCGGGACUUAAUGUUCCUGGAAACACAUCAACUCAACUUAGAGCGCAUGUUAAUCUCAUAACGGCUGAUCUAAUGCCAGGGCUUAAUACUCUCGGUGUAUCUUUGGCACGUAUAGACUUUGAACCAAAUGGUGGCUUAAACCCUCCACAUUAUCAUCCUAGAGCAUCGGAGGUUCUUUUGGUUUUAGAAGGCACCCUCUAUGCUGGUUUUGUCACGUCAAACCCAGAUCAUCGCCUCUUUUCAAAGAUUUUGAAACCAGGAGAUCUCUUUGUGUUUCCAUUUGGCCUCGUUCACUUUCAAAUGAAUGUUGGAAAAACCCCCGCAGUUGCCAUUGCUGCACUAACAAGCCAAAAUCCUGGAGUAAACACGGUAGCAAACGCGAUCUUCGGAGCCAAUUGGCCUAUUAAUCCUGAAGUUCUCACCACAGCAUUCCACCUGGAUAAAAAACUUGUGGAGGAUCUUCAGUCUCAAGAAUGGGUGAACCCUUCAUAGAUACUUGGUACUAUUUCCCAUAUUUCCAGUUGUUGAUUUGUAAUAAUAAGGAAGUGCCUUGAGCCUCUCUUCUUAAUUAUAGCACUAUGCAGUCACCAUAAUUGUGGUGUAAUAAGGAAGUUGUAUACCUUCUUUUCAUGUUGAGUUGUGUACUCCCUGAUGUUAUGUACUUGUUUUGUUAAGCUAA